CUGAAAAUGGUAACCAGAAGAAUUUGAAAAUUCUAAGCCUGGAGUUAAUGAAACUUAGAAACAAAAGAGAAACAAAAAUGAAGAAUGUGACAGCUAAGCAAGAAGGCAUGGAGGUGAAGCUGCAGGUCACCCAGAAGAAUCUCGAAGAGUCUCAGGAGAGAAUAGCCCAACUUGAGAAACUUGUUUCCACAGAAAAAGACAAGAUUGAUGAGAAAUCUGAAACAGAAAAACUCUUAGCAUACAUUGAAGAAAUUAGUUGUGCUUCUGAUCAAGUGGAAAAAUACAAGCUAGAUAUUGCCCAGUUAGAAGAAAAUUUAAAAGAGAAGAAUGAUGAAAUUUUAAGCCUCCAGCAGUCUCUUGAGGAAAACAUUGUGUUGUCUAAACAAGUCGAAGACCUGAGUGCUCAGUGUCAGCUGCUUGAAAAAGAAAUAGAAAACCUUGUAAACAGGAAUAGAGAACUGGAUGAAAAUCUAAAUGCCGAGAUACAAAACUUAAAAGAGAAGUUCAUUCUUGAAAAAGAAGAAUAUGAAAAGCUUCAACAAAAAGAGCUACAAAUUGAGUCACUUCUACAACAAGAGAAGGAAUUAUCUUCUAGUCUUCAGCAGAAGCUAUGUUCUUUUCAAGAAGAAAUAAUUAAAGAGAAGAAUCUCUUUGAGGAAGAAUUAAAACAAACCCUGGACGAGCUUGAUAAAUUACAGCAGAAGGAGGAACAAGCCGAAAGGCUGGUCAAGCAGUUGGACGAAGAAACAAAAUUUAGAGCUGAAGAACUUAAACUCCUAGAAGAAAAGCUGAAGGGGAAAGAAGCUGAACUGGAAAAAAGUAAUGCUGCUAAUGCUCAGGCCACCCUGGUUUUACAGGAAAAGUAUAAUAGCACAGUACAAAACUUAGGGGAUGUUACUACUCAGUUUGAAAGCUACAAAGCAUUAGCAGCUGCUGAGAUAGAAAAUCUGAAACUGGAAAACUCAUCACUACUGGAAAAAGUGACCAAGGCUGAGAGAAGUGCAGAGGAGCUUCAGCAGCAGAUGCUGGCAGCUGAGAGAGCAAACCAAGACUAUGCAAGGAUGCUUCUAGAUCUGCAAACCAGGUCGGCACUUAAAGAAGCAGAAGUUAAAGAAAUCACCAUUUCUUCUCUUAAAAAAAUAACUCACAUGCAAAACCAACUUAAGGAACAAGAGGAGGACUUUAAGAAACAUCUGGAAGAUGAAGAAGCAAGAAAAUCUGGAAAAGAAAAUAUAGUGGCAGAAUUAACUGAAGAAAUGAAUAAGUGGCGUCUCCUUUAUGAAGAACUAUAUAAUAAAACAAAACCUUUUCAGCUACAACUGGAUGCGUUUGAAGCAGAGAAACAGGCAUUGUUGAAUGAACAUGGUGCAGCUCAGGAACAGCUAAAUAAAAUAAGAGAUUCAUAUGCCAAAUUAUUGGGUCAUCAGAAUUUAAAGCAAAAAAUCAAGCAUGUUGUGAAGUUGAAAGACGAAAAUAGCCAACUCAAAUCGGAGGUGUCGAAACUCCGCUCUCAGCUUACUAAAAGGAAACAAAGUGAGGCAAGACUUCAGGAAGAAUUGAAUAAAGUUCUGGGCAUCAAACACUUUGAUCCUUCAAAGGCCUUUCAGCAUGAAAGUAAAGAAAAUUUUGUCCUCAAAACCCCACUAAAAGAAGGCAACACAAACUGCUGCUAAGCUCCCAUGGAGUGUCCAGAAUGAUGAAAGGAAACAUCUGAGGAACCUGUUGAAAAUUAUUUUAUUCUUGUGAUCAUUAUUAUUGAUGUUAUUGUUGUUCUUGUGUUUGUUGUGGGUAUUUUGUAAUAUAUUUAACUUUGACUGCCUGUCCUUAAGUAUAUGAAAGGAA